AUCACUUUUCUAAAUCAAGCCAUUUAGAUUUUCUUAAAUUCCUAAAAGCAAUUGUGCGAAGUCAGAUUAUAAUUGAAAACAAUUUAAAGGCACUUGGAUUCAUCGAACAGAAGACCCCAAAGGAAGAUGUUUUUAAGGAGGAGGAUCUUAUUUCAGAAAUCUUAACAAUAGCCAGGACCUUUCGCAACCAACAACUCCUGAAAACAUAA